AUUUGCUUAAGCGAUAUUUCAAAGUGAAAGUAGACUUUUUUUGCAAGUCAUCAACAACAGACAGUUUUUAAGCUCUGUGUCGUACCAUAUUCUGAGUAUGGCUUCUUACUUUGAUGAACAUGAUUGUGAACCUCUAGCAGAUGGACAACAACCGAAUCAUCUACUUCAUAUGGCUAGACUGUUGUUAGACAGUGGUUUAGCUGCAGACUGGGAACUAGAAUAUGACAGAGUAUUUGGUGGAGAGAGAAAAGUUCCCCCAGCAUCAAAAGAAGUUGUGAAUAAUCUACCAACCAGCCUUAUCACACCAGCAGAAGCAGCAUUAGAGAAGAAAUGUCCAGUGUGUAUAGGAUUGUUUGAUGAAGAGGAUGAAGUAAAGCAGUUGCCUUGUUUACAUAGGUUCCAUACAAAUUGUAUCAUUCCAUGGUUACAGAGGGUAAACUCAUGUCCAUUAUGUAGACAUGAACUUCCCACAGAUGAUCCAGACUAUGAAAACUACAGAAAACACAAGGCUAGAGCGAAACAGCGUGAAUAUGAAUUGGACACUUUACACAACUCGAUGUUUGGAUGAUAUUACAGCCAACACAGAUCUUGGAUGAUUUUCGAACAUUUUAAUGUGCAAUUAAAUGCAUUUAUUGCAUAAAAGGAUUUGAAUUGUUCAAAAUGGUUGUUACUUUAUAACUUUAUUUUUAGAUUAUUUUACAUGUCAGUGUUAAGAGGAGAUUUUUAAACAUAAUAUUUUAGUUUAAAUAUGUCUCCUUGUUCAUUAUUUACUGAUGUUGAAAUACUUUUGCUGAAAACAGUUUAACACUGAAAAGAGAAAGCUUCCACCAGACACGUUCAUUACCGUGAUGACAAUGGCAUUUUUAUCAGGAUUUUUGUGCCCCCCCCCCCCCCACCCCCCCAUGAGUGGUGGGGGCAUAUAGAUUUGGUCUUGUCCGUGCAUCUGUGCGUCCGUCCGUCUGUCCGUCAGAAGUUCGUGACACGCCUAGCUCAAAAAGUAUUUGAUAUAAAUUCAUGAAACCUUGCAUGAGUCUUUAUCAUGAUAUGAACUUGCGCACCUCCUAUUUUUCGUCUGGCUUCGCCCCCUAUUUUUAGAGUUAUGGCCCCUGAAAUAGUCAAAAAUACACGUUAUCACCUUGUGACGCGCCUAGCUCAAAAACUAUUUGAUAUAGAUUCAUGAAACCUUGCAUGUGUAUUAAUCAUAAUAUGAACUUGCGCACCUUCUAUUUUUCAUUUUGGGUCUGCCCCCUAUUUUCAGAGUUAUGGCCCCUGAAAUAGUCAAAAAUGCACAUUUUCACCUUGUGACACUCCUAGCUCAAAAAGUAUUUCAUAUAAAUUGAUGAAACCUUGCAUGAGUCUUUAUCAUGAUAUGAACUUGCGCACCUCCUAUUUUUCAUCUGGCUCCGCCCACUAUUUUUAGAGUUAUGGCCCCUGAAAUAGUCAAAAAUGCACAUUUUCACCUUGUGACACCCCUAGCUAAAAAAGUAUUUCAUAUAAAUUGAUGAAACCUUGCAUGAGUCUAUAUCAAGAUAUGAACUUGCGUACCUCCUAUUUUUCGUCUGGCUAUGCCCCCUAUUUUUAGAGUUAUGGCCCCUGAAAUAGUCAAAAAUGCACAUUUUCACCUUGUGACGCGCCUAGCUCAAAAAGUAUUUAAUAUAAAUGGUUGAAAACUUGCAUAAGUCUUUAUCAUGAUAUAAACUUGCACACCUCUAAUUUUUUGGCAGGUUCCACCCCUAUUUUUAAAGUUAUGGCCCCUGAAAUAGUAAAAAAAUGCACUUUUUCACCUAAUUAUGUGCCUAGCUCAAAAAGUAUUAGAUGUAAAUUCAGGAAACCUUGCAGGAGUCUUUAUCAUGAUGUGGCCUUGCACUCUUGGCAUUCUUCUUGAGAAUCUUACUCUUAUUACAGAGUUAUGGCCCUUGAAAUAGCCAGAAUAGUGGAUUUUUUGUUUGUGAUGCUCAUAGCUCAAAAAGUAUAGGGCCUAGAAUAAUGAACCCUUUUCAUAAAAUGUUUGUUGAGGCUAUACCCCAUUAAGACUGCAAACAUUUGAAUUAUUGCCCCUUAUUUGUGACUAAUGUACCUGUGGGGGGCACACCCUGUGUCCUACAGACACAUUCUAGUUUUAUAUUAUGUUUGAUUCAACUUUUCCAUACCAAGGUUUGUCUUUGAUUCCUCUUUAAAUAGAAGACAAUUGCUAUGAUUUAAUAUAUUGUUAUUCUAAAAUUUUCCAAAUAUGGCAGUAGUAACAUGUUAAAUUUUUUUAAGUAUUUUGAUUACUUUUGAAUUCUUUUUGCCCUCAAAAGAUUUUCUGUUUUAGGUAUCAGCCAUUUUGGAUAUAAAAAAGUUAAAACAUUUCAGUUUUGGUUUUAUGUAUUAAUGGUUUGUUAUAAAACUUACAUGAUUUUCAGGAUAUCUUAGUUACAGUGGAACUUUGCUUGAUUGAGCAUCAGUAUCUUUAGCACUCAGGGCUCACUUAAUAAUUUAUGUGGUACCAAGCCAUUUUCCAUAUAAUUUUCUAUGUUUUGAUCACUUUAGACCCGGGAUAGCUUAAGAGUUUGGCUCAUUCUAUUGCACCUUCAGGUAAUCUGUAUUUUAUUGUAGUAUAUCUAUAAAUUAAAGGAACGUUUUCAUUGAAAAAAUUUGCAAAAUUUUCAAAAAUUACGAUUUCUAAAAAAUGUUUGGGCAAGCAUUUUACAUAGAAAGAUGGAAAGUACAUUUUUUUUUCUUAAAUUGAUUUUGUGAAAGACAUCUUCAAAACCAUGGGGACCGUUAUAAUGAUGUAAAAAGUAGAUCUGGAUCUUGCCAAAUUAGGCUAAAAUUAACGAAAACCCUGUUGAUUGGGCAAACACUGAGUUACUGGGCUCUAAAUUGAUGUGUCAUCGGUGUUCAUGCAAUUUUCAUGAACCUUUGAUCACCAUCAUGUCGCCAUGAUGUCUUUCAAGUCAAGGAGUCAUUAUUUUUGUGUCUUUAUGUUUUGAUUUAGGUUUGCAUUGAGGUAUGUAGUAAUAGCAAUGUUACAAAACAAAGAAAUUCUAAGAAAACCUAUACAGAUAUCGUCUUCGUUUUCUGUGGUUGAUCUUAAUAUUUGGAAUGAAUGAAUGUUUUUUUUCCAGAUAAACAUUGCAUGGUUUGUAAAGAUAUUCCAUGUAUGAGGCUUUUUCAAAAACAACGUUUCAUAAAAUAUGCAAUGUUAUCUCAAAUGCAGGCAUUGUUUUUUACCAUCUAUUAUUUCAGAUACAGUGUAUUUAAUGGAAAUAAAAGGAUUUAUUAUUUU